CUGGCAUCAGACCGUCUACCCAAAGGAGCGACGGAUCGGGGUAGCAUUUUAGCUUUCUAUCUCAGGGAUCUGACAGCGAAAGCUUCUAAGGCGUCACGUGGCAGCGUGGAGCCCUCCUCCCGGUGACGUCACGGCGCUCACAGCCGUCGCGCUGAAGAAAGGAUGCUCUAGGAUGCUGUCCAGGUGGGCGGCCGCGCUGCGCGAUGCGGCACUGCAGGUGUAACUUAGCAUGGUCCAUGCAGGAGCGAUGAGUGGCUCUGGAAACCUGAUGGAUUUCCUUGACGAGCCAUUCCCUGAUGUGGGGACUUAUGAGGACUUCCACACCAUUGACUGGCUGAGGGAGAAGUCACGGGACACUGACAGACACAGAAAGAUAACGAGCAAAAGCAAGGAGUCCAUAUGGGAGUUCAUCAAGAGUUUGCUGGAUGCAUGGUCAGGAUGGGUGGUGAUGCUGCUCAUUGGUCUGCUGGCAGGCACUUUGGCUGGGGUCAUCGAUCUUGCAGUCGACUGGAUGACGGACCUGAAGGAAGGAGUCUGCCUGUCUGCCUUCUGGUACAGCCAUGAGCAGUGCUGCUGGACAUCCAAUGAAACUACUUUUGAGGACAGGGACAAGUGCCCCCUGUGGCAGAAGUGGUCAGAGUUGUUGGUGAAUCAGUCAGAGGGUGCCAGCGCUUACAUUUUGAACUACUUAAUGUACAUUCUGUGGGCAUUGCUGUUUGCAUUUUUGGCAGUCUCCCUGGUGCGUGUAUUUGCGCCAUAUGCCUGUGGUUCUGGUAUACCAGAGAUAAAGACCAUUUUGAGUGGCUUUAUCAUCAGGGGCUACUUGGGGAAGUGGACCCUGCUAAUCAAGACAGUUACCCUGGUGCUGGUUGUAUCAUCUGGCCUGAGCCUUGGGAAAGAAGGGCCACUGGUACAUGUGGCUUGUUGCUGUGGCAACUUCUUCAGUAGCCUGUUCUCCAAGUACAGCAAAAAUGAGGGCAAAAGGCGUGAGGUGCUUUCAGCUGCUGCUGCUGCUGGAGUGUCUGUGGCCUUUGGUGCUCCCAUCGGAGGUGUGCUGUUCAGUCUAGAGGAGGUCAGUUACUAUUUUCCUUUGAAGACCCUGUGGAGGUCAUUUUUUGCAGCCUUGGUGGCAGCCUUCACACUGCGAUCCAUCAACCCGUUUGGAAAUAGCCGCCUUGUUCUCUUUUACGUGGAAUACCACACACCUUGGAGGCGCAAGACCACCAGGCUGGGGAAGUACCCGGUACUGGAGGUCAUCGUGGUGACAGCUAUCACUGCCAUCAUUGCCUACCCCAACCCCUACACGCGCCAGAGCACCAGUGAGCUAAUUUCUGAGCUGUUCAAUGACUGUGGGGCCCUUGAGUCCUCCCAGCUCUGCGACUACAUCAAUGACCCCAACAUGACUCGGCCUGUGGAUGACAUUCCAGACCGGCCAGCCGGGGUUGGGGUUUACACAGCCAUGUGGCAGCUGGCCCUGGCACUGAUCUUCAAAAUCGUCAUUACAAUAUUUACCUUUGGCAUGAAGAUCCCCUCAGGCCUCUUUAUCCCCAGCAUGGCUGUGGGAGCCAUGGCAGGCAGGAUGGUGGGAAUUGGUGUGGAGCAGCUGGCCUACCAUCACCAUGAUUGGAUAAUCUUCAGGAACUGGUGCAGACCUGGGGCAGACUGUGUCACACCAGGACUUUAUGCAAUGGUGGGAGCUGCUGCCUGCCUAGGUGGAGUUACCAGGAUGACAGUGUCACUGGUGGUCAUCAUGUUUGAAUUAACUGGUGGUCUAGAGUACAUCGUGCCCUUGAUGGCAGCAGCUGUGACCAGCAAGUGGGUGGCCGAUGCUUUUGGGAAAGAAGGCAUCUAUGAGGCCCACAUCCACCUGAAUGGGUACCCAUUUCUUGACGUGAAGGAUGAGUUCACCCACCGCACCCUGGCCACUGACGUGAUGCGGCCCCGGCGGGGAGAGCCACCACUGUCGGUGCUCACCCAGGACAGCAUGACCGUGGAGGAUGUGGAGACACUGAUUAAGGAGACAGACUACAAUGGCUUCCCAGUGGUGGUCUCCAGAGACUCUGAGCGUCUCAUUGGGUUCGCCCAGAGGAGGGAGCUGAUCCUGGCCAUAAAGAAUGCCAGGCAGAGGCAGGAGGGCAUCGUGAGCAAUUCCAUCAUGUACUUCACGGAGGAGCCCCCUGAGCUGCCAGCCAACAGCCCACACCCCCUGAAGCUGCGUCGCAUCCUGAACCUCAGCCCUUUCACGGUUACAGAUCAUACACCUAUGGAGACAGUGGUGGACAUUUUCCGGAAACUGGGGCUCCGGCAGUGCCUGGUGACUCGGAGUGGGAGACUUCUUGGCAUCAUCACAAAAAAGGAUGUUCUGAGACACAUGGCCCAGAUGGCAAACCAGGACCCCGAAUCUAUCAUGUUUAAUUAGCAACAAGAGAGCAAUUUUGAGAACACACUGAUAAUAUCAUUUUAAAAGAAAUAAACAAAUGAUAUGUUACUAUCCCCAAUGAAAGAUCUUGAAUUAGGGCUAGCAGAAGCAAAAGCUUUGCUUGAAAGGAGGGGAAGAAGGAUGAAACUUUUAUAAAAAACAAUAAAACAACAACAACAAAAAAGCAAAACCACCAAUGAAUAGACAUUUUAUAGCUUUGAGCCCCUUACAAGUUUUGAGCUGUGUUUCUCCAUGGGUGUGCUAACUGCUGUUGGGGCAAGUGGGUGGCAUAAGAACCACGUGCUUCAUAUGAGGAGACAGAACACAAAUGCCAAAUGAAGAAGCUCUGACCCCACUGCUCAAGGCUGAUGUUUGUAACUUCAGAACACAUGUGAAGCUUUGAGUCCAAAAGACAAAGGGGUAUUGGCAUGUCAACAUUCUUAUUUAUUAUGAUUCCUGAUAAUUUGCUGCUAUGUUACUAAAAUCAUACUAAAGACAUUUGCACUUACUUCAUUGGAGGAGAAAAAGAAAUGAAAGUUGAACAGUGAAAGCUGCAAGUGUGCUCCAGUGGGGUCUCCUCAUGACUGGUUUCUUGCUCCUCUUCUCAGCCUGUUAUUUUGCUUAUUUAUCAGUUUCUGAACCAACAUCAGGGGAGCCACGAUGAGUGUGAAGAAACCAUUUCUCUCCACAAUACUGGCACUUUGGGUCUGAAUGAUGAACUGUGGGAGCAUGUAGUGCUCUGUGUAGUUUCCCCUUGUGCAAGCGGACACAUACUUAUUUUGAGGGAACACACACUUGAUUGUUGAUUUGCAUCCCCAUUGCAUUUGCUUCAUUUAUUUAUUGCUGUUGCCUGUGCUUUCUUAAAUAUUGAUCAGUCUAGCACUUUCCAUGUGUCAUGGCCUAUAUGCUCCCAGCUUGUGAUAAGUGUGUUUUAAUUCCCAACUAGCAUAUGCAAGAGUCAAAAUGGGCUACUGAGUAUUACUACUUAUUUUUCCUCUCAGGUCUUUUUGGAUAUGGCUGUGAAGAGGGUGAAGCACACGAGUUCUCAGUGGGAACUCUACCAAAUGGAUUGCAAGAGAACUACUAAAUUGAUUCUAAAUCUAUUCCAUUCUCUGUGGGAUGCAAAGUGUCCAGUUUUAAUGUCUAAGCAUGCACUUUCAUACUAGCAAUCAUAGCACAGAAGGAGAGAGUUAAAUUUUAUAUAGCCAAUUUAAACAUUGGGCAUCUUUGUAUUAGAAUUUAACGACACAUUUAUUCUUUUAGCCAGGAUGUCUGUCUUUUCUGUGAGAAUGAAUUAAGCUAUGUUUUAGGUCCCCACUGUAUGAUCUGUGUAAAAUUUAUCCCACUUGUCCCCUUACUUUUACCUUUUUUCUUCCCUUUUCAUUGAAUCUUUCUCAUCCUUUUCAAUCUCAUUGUCAUUGGAUCUUGAUGUAUGAAGUAUGUGUGCUCUUGACUGCAAAUAACAGUGAAGGACUGAAUAAGAAACCUGGGAGAUACACACCCCAGGAUUGUCUGCAUCAUUUCACCAAGGAUCAAACUCCUUUGGUAGUUUCCACUACCUUAUCCUCUCUCCUUUGGUUUAUUGCCUCAUAGUUGCAAGAUGGUUGCUGAACCAUCAGGUAUCAUGUCUGUUUUCUAAGUGGGAAGAGGGAAGAAGAGGCAAGUAACAAGGUGCAAUGUCUAUAUCCAGAAAGCAAAGCUUUCUGUAACUUGGCUCCCCCUAGUGCAUGAGAGUCUGGGAAGGAAAAUUUUAGCUAGGCACAUUACUCUGUGAAUGAAAUUUAGAGUCUCUCUC